AUGCGGUUUACGCUAUUUGCGAUUGUCAUCUCCGCGUUUGUCACCAGUACUUAUGCUCAACGUGAAUAUUACCUACGAAACGAACCAUCGGGACUCAACGUCACUUGGGACGAUGACGACUAUAUAUACAUGGAACCCGGGAUCAGAAAGUACACUAUUUCGGCGUGGAACAUGUAUCCUGUCGCCAGCGACCUCAAGAACUGGUUUGCCUUUGGUGCUAGCUAUUUCUAUCUCCAAUUUGAUUUUGGCCGUGAUGGAGACACUGCCCGACGUACGGAUGAAGGAAGAAUCUUUGAGAUUAGAAAAGCCGAGUCUCAUUCCUACGUGAUCGACGUCCAGUCUAUAGACAGCGGGCAACCAACUCUGGCAUGGACGGUCGAGAGAAAUUCAACAGACCCCCGGGUAUUCUUAAAAUUACGGCCGUACAUGCGCCUUCCGAGCCAACAAUUCACAAUCACUCCAAAAUGA